CCUCUCUACCACUCAAAUAGCACCACGACUUUGUGCAGCUCACCCUGGUUCUUCAUCCAUCUCCUCUCCAGAAAUCAAACCAAGAGUAAAACGACAACAUUAGACAAGCUCGUCUCCGGUUCGAACCACAUGUCCCGCCUACGCGCCGACGAAUCAUCCUAUUUCUCUAGUUCCGACGCAGGGAAUCACAUCCAUUAUCUACGAGAACAUCAAGCACUUCCUGUUGGCUGCCACAGCAUAUCGCCUAAUACUACUUACAAUCAGCCCAGCUACUGGCUUGUCUAGUUUGUCUAGUUCGUCUGGCUCGUCUGGCUCGUCCGGCUCGUCUAAGCACUUCAAACAUCCUCCCAGCCUACAUAUCCCGUAUAUACACUGAGCCUGCACGUUAUAGAACAUGGCAGAUACAUCAUAUCCUUCAACCUACCCGCCUCCUCAACUUCGUAGUAAUUCCCCUCCUCAUCCACAGACCAAUACCACCACCAGUAGCUCUCCGAACGAUAGCAAUUUCCCAAGGCGUUCACUACCCUUCGUCUUCCCUCCUGUCUUUCCCAAAAUUACUUCAUCCACCUUUCUCGUACCAAAUACCGCCGAAGGAAGACCAAUCCCUCUCGACGACUCUACCACUGCCCAUCGUACUACUGCCCUACGCCAGCUGAGUCGUUCCCAACCAUCCUCGCGCCAACGUUAUUCCAGAGUCAAAACUCCGCCCAGUGCCAAGAGUUCAACGGCCGGAACUUAUUCGCAACCCGUCGUAGUGCGUACAUAUCCAGGAGCUUCUUCGUCGUCUUCUUCAGCAGUUAAGGGCCCGGUGUCCGUCUCUAGUACCUCGUCUUCACAUAAUCUAUCAUCUCAGCGUAUUAAACGGAAUAGCACAAUGAAGGACAAGAUGCGCCGUAAAGGAACCGAAAAAAGACGCGCAACAGUCGAAGCCAAACUACCGCCUCUUGAAUCCUUCACCUUUAAGAGUAUCAUAGCAGAUAUACAACAGGACGUUAAUGCAGACCUUGACCGGAUAGCAGAGAUAUGUGCACGCACGAAGUACUCUCUCAGCAACCAGUACGAGGUCCAUAUCGCCCCUCAAGGAUCAGGACCGGGGUUCCUAGGACCCCCAUCUACAUCUUCAAGGCAUCAUGUUCCUGGAGGGUCUACGCUACAGUCGGUAUCGAGCGAUGACGAACAUACUGGUUCCGUGCAGAGGAAAAGAAGAGGCGCUGCUCGGCGGAGAAAUACCGCCUACGGUACUCUAGAAACAAUUAUGAGUUCGAGCAGGUCCUCGGAUGAAGAUAGGAGCAAUAAAAAGCCGGCCGCUCAGAUUAUAGAGGAAGUAAGUCGUACUACUACAGGUACCAACGAUGAGAGCACCAGUGCGGCCAGUACGGAGGCCCAGGCCAGUAGCGAACAACAGGACGACCAACAAGGGUCUCUCUCGUCGAAGCCGGCUAUAUUCGCAACAGCCAUCAUCGACAGGUCUCGAGGCCAAACGCAGAACGCUACUACUUCCCCAGGGGCACCGGGGGUGAUCUUACUAAGUAGUCCUGCAGAGCCACAGACAUCAAAGAAUCACCUUGAAACCAAGACAUCGCCUGUAGGACCUACUGGAAGAUAUUAUACACGCGAAUCUCUAACGAGGAUUCCCCAGGCAGUCGCAUCAAAAUCUGUAGCUGCAGCAGACAUUACCACACCAGAAGAGCCAAGGAGUUCAUCAAGCCUGUUGUCCGGGUUCAGCACAUGGAUGUCCUGGAAGGGAGCAAAGCCUUCUUCUGAGGUAGCUGUGGCAGAUCCCGAGGUACCUAGGGGCUAUUCUUCUUACGCUGAAGGUACACUGAGGGAAUUGCUCAGGUCCAUAGAACAAGUUGGGGACACGGCCAAAAGGGAUAUCAAUAUAUGAGCACGUGAAAUGUUGGCAAGGUUUGCAAGGUUUUAUAACUCGUAACACCUCAUGGGUACUGCUUUUAUUAGGGUAUUGUAGCAGCAAGGCGUUUGGUUAGUUCUCCCGGCAAGUAGAAGAAACAAAAAGCGUAGGAUGUCUUACCAGUCAGAGGCAUCGCACCGUGCGCGUUCAAUACUUACCUACGUUGUUAUUCGAGAAUAGUAAACAAGUCAGCUAAGAGGAAGAUAUGAAGAUACCCAGAUAUGCCUAAUGACAUAUAUGUACGAAUGUACAAAAAAUAUAAUUUGAACUGUUAAACCUGAUA